AUGGACGCGCGAUGGCGAGAGAUUUGUGCGCCGAGACGAAUCAUCAAGAAGAAAGAGCUCAGGGGAGUCAUCGAUGAUUUCUUCUUCAACGGCGCGAUGACGAGCGUGGAGAGGGGCGACGGUGGGCGUGAAAGCAUCGUUUCAACGCGAUCGUCGAUGACGAUCGCGAAGGAUGUCGAGAUUUUUGGUCGUCGGCCUUCGGAUGAGUUCGAUCGCGCGACGCCUCGCGGACUCUGUCGCGUCGACGUCGAUCGAUUGCUCGCGCUCGGGUGCUCGAGAUCCGUCGUAGAUGAGUGCGGACGACGAUUUUGGCGAAGUUCGAGCGGAGUCGAUGAGGUCACGGUGCCGACGUCGGUGGUGGGGUGGUUGACGCACGCGGCGGCGCAGUACGCCGCGAGCGGGACGGAUGCGAACGCGCGAGCGGACGCGCGCGGGAAGUGCGUGACGACGCGAGUGAUCGAGCCGGGAGAGGCAAUAACCGUCGAUAUUGACGCAUUUAUGGGCGAUAUGCGCACGAGCGGGGGCUGGGUGGGGGCGCGAGCGACGCCGGCGUCCAGGGACGAACGUGGCGACGAUUUGUUAAGAUGGCUAGCGUCGGCGCCGCCAUGUGGUUUGCGGACGACGAGCGACGGUGACGUUGGUGUGUUCGCGCUAGAUGCAAUUUCCGUCGGUACGGUCGUAGACGUGUCGCUCAAACGCGUGGACGAGAUCGUGCGCGGUCGACGCAUCGUCGGUGAGACGCCACACGGAAAAUUGGCCGAGGCGCUCGCCACACACGGCGAUCGCGGCGCGAUGGCUUUACAUCGCGUGCAGGAACGAUUUUCGUUCUCACACACGUACCAAACGUUUCCACUCGCGGCAUCUCUAGAUGAAGUGACGACACUGAGCGCGAUGAGACAUUCGGACGAUCCGAACUUAGUGCCAGCAAACGGCUCGGCCACAGCGCGCUUCAAGGCGACGAGAGAUAUCGGUGCCGGGGAGGAGCUGACGGUGAAUCGAGAGGUCGUGUGCGUCUUGGAGGUUCCGGGCACUGGUGGGUUUCGUGCAUUUUACGAACACAACGUCAAGGGGGAGGAACCACCGUGGGCGCAGGCGGGCGCAGGCAGGCGCUCGCGUGGUGGUUUGGACUAUAGCAAGUGGGACAACAUCUGCUCGAGCUCAGAGUCGGACGGCGAUUGA